UGUAUCCUUAUUUUUGUUACACAAUGGACGGGGAGUUGUGGCCGAGGGGCGAGCGGCGCCGGGGAGGCAGGAUCGGCUUCAGACCACUCUGGCUUUACUGCCUCUGCUGUUCCGCUCUGUUGUUUUUCAUUGUUACCCUGCAGGUGGUGGUUGAACUAGGACAAUUUGAAAAAAAAGAAGUCAAAAGUGAGAAGGUGCACAGAGAAGGACUGGUGGUUGUGAAUCAGAUGAAAGAAACAAAUGGUUUACUGAGCAUCGCAAAAACAUAUUCCGAUGUGGGCAUCCAACAUCCCAUUAUCGUCUGGUGGUCUCCACUGACAGGUGAAUUGGGCAGAAUCGGUCAGUGUGGAGCAGAUACCUGUUACUUUACCAUAAAUAAGACUUACCAAAAUCAUCAGAUGACAAGAGCGUUCCUCUUUUACGGUACAGACUUCCAGAUCAAUAGUUUACCGUUGCCUCGGAAACACCACCAUGAUUGGGCCUUGUUCCAUGAAGAAUCCCCGAAAAACAAUUACAAGCUUUUUCACGAGCCUGCCAUCACCUUAUUUAAUUACACGUCCACAUUCAGUCGCAACUCUCAUAUGCCCCUGACCACCCAGUACCUGGAGAGCAUCGAGGAACUGAAAACCCACAAGUACUUGAUCCCGCUGUCUCGCAAGAAUCAGCUGAGGGAACAUCUGGCACCAUUAGCGUAUGUACAGUCUGACUGUGAUCCACCUUCAGACAGAGACAGUUACGUUCAGGAAUUGAUGAAAUACAUCCCAGUGGAUUCCUACGGGACAUGUUUGCAUAACAAGGACCUUCCCAGUCACCUGAAAGAUCCCACAUCCAUGGAUGAUGAUGGACUUUACAAGAUUCUUGCUCAGUACAAAUUUAUCCUCGCUUUCGAGAACGCUGUUUGUGAUGAUUACAUCACUGAGAAGUUGUGGAGAUCCUUCAAGCUGGGCGUGGUUCCAGUUUAUUUUGGUUCCCCCAGUAUAGCUGACUGGCUUCCCAGUAAUCAAAGCGCUAUUCUUGUCAAGAGUUUCUCACACCCCAAGGAAUUGGCUGAGUACAUCUUGCAAUUGGAUGGCAAUGACCAAGAGUAUGAAGUCUUCCUCGAGUGGAAAUGGAAGGGUCCCAUCUCCAAUGCGAAGCUGCUGACUGCCAUGAAGGAACGCAAGUGGGGUGUUCAAGAUCUGUCCCAGGACAAUUACAUUGAUGCCUUUGAAUGUCUAGUGUGUAACAGAGUGUGGGAAAAUCUCAGAAGAAAGGAAGAGGGUUUACCGCCAAUUCAGUGGCAGGCACGAGCCAAUCAUUUGAGCUGCCCAGAGCCUGUGGCAUUCACCUUCAUACCCUCCUCGCUGGGGGCAUCAGUGAUGCGAGAGCUGUGGAUGCCAAGUUUCCACCAGUCGAAACGCGAAGCUGCUGCAUUAAGACGCCUCGUGGAACUGAACCAAAACUUUACAACCGAGCAGUUCUGGAGGAUGGUGUUUAAGGAGAAACUUUAAUUUUAUUUCUUAGGAUAAGAAAUGCAUCCAUUUUUGGGUUGCUUCUGAGGAACCACAUGAGAAACGUAUCCACUUUCUGCAAUGCAGUCAGAGAGGGGAAAAAAAAACUCCAAUGAUUAUUAAGUUCCAUACUGCCACUGUGCAUCUUUCAGAGGUUCCACGUCAGUGAUGGGAUUUAACUGUAGUAUCUGUCAGCUGAUUGUAACUUGGAGUAAGUGGUGUUUCCUCAUGCGCAGGAGAUUUCCUCAAUAAGAACCAUUUAAAAUCUUGUGGACCUUGAAAUUAUGCUGUGGCAGGCUUUUAACUGCUGAACAAGUUCUUCUGAAGAUCCUUUCUGCUGUUUUCAUGGAAGCAUUAACCCCCUUCAAAUUCAUCGACAAAUUCCCUCCUCUAGAAUGAAUGGAAAAAAUGAAUCUGAAAUGGAAGUUCCAAGUGUCUGUGCUUAAUGGCUGUCAUUAAGACCAACCAUUUUCCACUGCAUCAUUUAAGCUUCCUUCCAUCGUAAGGGCAGAGGUGGGAUUGUCACUAAAGACUUGCCUGGGUGAGUGCGAACUUCACACCAUUCGAGAAAAAGUAGACCGACGGUUAGAACAUUCACUCCCUACAGCACAGGUGCACACUGUGUAUCAUCUACAAGACACACUGCAGCAACUCAACAAGACUCCUUCGGCAUAUUCCAAACCCCUGACCUCUACCAUCUAGAAGGACGAGGGCAGCAGAUACAUGAGAAUGCCACCGUCUGCAGGCUGCUCCUCAAGCCACUCACUAUCCUAACUUGGAGCUAUAUUGCCUUGCACUGGACCAAAAUCCUGGCCCUUCCUUCCUAUUGGCAUUGUGGGUGUACCUACAACAGCUCGACCACAGCAGUUCAAGGAGGUAGCCCUGGAGGGUAAGUAGGGAUGGAAAUUAAAUGCUGGCUUAGCCAGCAAUGCCCACGUCUUGUAACCAUAGCAUCCUUUCAAGGUCAUGGCUACCAGGGUGCAAAGAUAAUGUCUAAGUUGCUGGAAUAAAUUACAGGUAGCUGCAUAUCAAAUUCAACUGGCUGCCAGCAUAAAUGCAGACUGGGAUUUCACAAUGAGAAGAUCAUGUAGAAAAUUUGAUUUAACUAAUGGAAGUUGUGAGACUCUCUGUCAUCAGGAACGUAACCUUUAACUUUCCCUGCCUUGACAUAUCUGCUGCUGCUGAAACCCUCAUUCAAGCCUUUGUUACCAUUGGAUUCAACUAUUCCAACUUUGCCUUGGAUACCUUCUGACUUUAUAUCCUGUGUGACCUAGAGCUGAUCUGAAAUGUUUGCUGACCAUUUUUCUUAUCAAUUCCAGUACUUAAAUGAGUAACAUUAGUGCCAUAAUAUGUCUCUAUUCGAUUAUCAUUCUUCCAAGCUGUGGUUGAUACAUUCAGUAUAUAUUAACAUAUUAAUUGGUUUGCUGAGAAUCACUGCCAUAAUUGGAUCUCUAGAUUCUGCUUGUGUCUAUAAAUCCGUUGAAAUACCUUAACUUAAUUAGAGUUUUGUAACUCCCUGCACACUACAGUAUUUGUAUCCUGGAUGUUUAGCUUUAUAUCUGACAGCCUUAAGCAAAAAGUUGUUUUACAAGUAGGGUACGAAUUGGUAAUUCGCUGCUGUAUUUUCUUUUUUUUCUAAAGUAACACAAUAUCUUGUUAUCAGAAAAGCACAUUGAAGGCGAUAUGAAGUAAUGCUGAUGUAAAGACAACGAUGUAUAUGUCGUGGGUUAAAAAUUGGAGAAUUGAGAAUGCAUUAUAUCUCUGCUCAGAUAUCCGAAUGUGAAUAUUUUGCGAUUCCUUAAACCCUCCCCAUUAUUUAAUAAGAUUGUGGCUGAUCUGAUUAUUCCGUGUUGCUGCCUGUCCCAAUAACCUUUCACCUUCUAGCUUAUCCAAGAAUAUCUCUUCCUCUGCCUUAAAAAUAUUCAAUAACUCUGCUUCCACCAUUUUUUGACAGUGAGGUCUAAAGACAAUGACCCUCUGAGAGAAACUAUUUCUCCUCAUCGCUGUCUCCAAUGGAUGACCCCUUGUUUUACAUUAGGAGAAAGUGAGGACUGCAGAUGCUUGAGAUUAGAGUCAAAAAGUGUGGCACUGGAAAAUC